AAAAUUAUCACAUCGUACUAAUAAACUAGAGAUGACCAGCGAGACAGACAAAUACAUACUAUACUGACAUCAUCGCACCUGCAAUUAGCUGCUUGCAGAUCAUUGAGCUUCAAUCAUCCACGAAGAUUACAAAGUCAGAUCCCUGAGCCACAGCUGACAGAUCAUUGAGCUUCAAUCAUCCACGAAGAAGUCAGAAUUUCUCCAAGAAAUCGACGACCAUGUCCAGCUCACCGCCGUCAGGCCGGCGCAUCACCGUGAGAUCCAUCGCCUGCCGCGGCGUCAAGGCCUUCGUCCCCUUCCAGAAGCCGCCGCUCUACGCGGCCGUGUCCCUCGCCGGCCGCCGGGAGAAGACGCCCCCCGACCCCGACGGCGGCGAGAACCCGGACUGGGAAGGCGCCGUCUUCGGGUUCGACUUGGACGGCGACGGCGAGCUCCUGCAGUUCGAGGUGAAGGCGCAGGUGCCGCUCCUCGGCAACAAGCUCGUCGGCACCAUCUGCGUGCCGCUGUCGCACCUCUGCAGCGGCGGCGGCGACGGCACGGCGCCGCGGCGCGUCAGCUACCAGGUGCUCGCCCCCGACGGCAGGCCCAACGGCAGCCUCAGCUUCGUCUGCGCCGUCACCGGCGGCGCGUCGUACCAGCAGCCGCAGGUCUAUGCGGCGCGGCCGGAGCAAGACGCCAGCCCUUGUUGCGCGCCUCCGCCGCCGCCGCCCAGUUUGGCCUAUCCACCUCCGGCGACGCCAUACUUUGAGCAGCAGGGCAGCAGCUACCCGCCGCCACCGGUGUCAACAUCGCUGUAUCCGCCGCUGCAGGACAUGCUGCCGCCAAGCAACUACCCACUGCCGCCGCCGCGAAUGAUCGACUCGCUGUUUCCGGUGCCAAAUUCCGGACCAAACGGCAGCUACCCAGUGCCGCCGACGCAAACUACUGCAUAUCCGCCACCACCUGCGUCGUGUGAAGGCUAUUCGGUGCUUCCGACACAACACAUCGGCAACUAUCCGCCAAGGUAUCCUCCGACUCCAGCAUCGAGCUGCUACCCACCUCAGCCACAGAUGAACCAUGAGUUCCCCGCUCCCAUCAACUGCUAUCCUCCUCCGCCGCCGCCGCCGCAGGAGUCCGGUUCAGUAUUUUCAGAAUUCCCAAGAUCAAUGUCUUCGCCGGCACCAAGAUCAAUGGAUCGUGAAUCACCAUACAUGGCAUCAUCGUUUCAAGACUCUGGGAUAGUCACUUACCCGGAAUCGCACGGGCCGCGGGUGCCUUCCGGUGGCUCUCAGUACCCUCCGUCGUCGGGGAUACGGCAUCAGGAAGAUGGGGCGAGUUCGCCAUACUACUACACUCAUCCUGGGCCUAGCUACUCGCAUGGGUAAUGUUGCAAAUUUACAGAGUACUAUGAAGAUUUGGCGCGGCCACACGCCGCGUCAGUGGUGGGAUGAUAUUGGUUUUGCAAAGUUAGAUCAAUAUCACUGCUGGUGCAUUCUAUUUUAAGUACAGUAGCAGUAAUAGUUUGUCGUUGGAUACACUUUGCUUGCUGAGUUGUUGUUUCUGAGCUGUGCACAUAAUACUGAGACAAAGUGGUGUGCAGAUCUUUUUUCUUGCGUACAUACAUUCGGUCAUCGCAUAGUGUAUAAUGGUAUGUUUGUGGAUUCUAAUUUGAUACUUUCCCAGGGCUGGUACGCAGUUCAUGUUGCUUUUUACA